AUGAACAAUGGUACAGGAUCAGAAAAGAAAACGAAUACACCAUUUCGACGUGUAAAUGUUGAACAAGUGGAAAUUGCACGGCCAGAUCUUCGUGAUAAUUCAUUCAAUUCAAAACGUGGAUUCGAUCGUUGGGGUGAACAGGCUGCGGCUAAAUUAUCAACAGUACGUGGAAAGGAUUUCCGUCGUGAAAAAACGAAAAAAAAACGUGGUAGUUAUGGUGGUGGACCCAUCAACAUGGGUGUUAAUUCGAUUAAAUUUGCUUGAUGAUUUCAAAACGACAACGACAAUAUAUACAUAACAUCAAUCAAUCGGCAUUUUUAUAUAUUUUAUUAUUCAACA